AUGGGAAAACCAAACUGCCAUGCCAAGAAGGAGUUGAAAAAGGGGCCUUGGACUCGAGACGAAGACCAGAAGCUGUUGGCUUAUAUUAACGAACACGGCCACGGCAACUGGCGUUCUCUCCCUGCUAAAGCAGGGUUAGAGAGAUGUGGUAAGAGCUGCAGACUGAGGUGGACGAAUUAUCUGCGACCCGAUAUCAAGAGAGGUAAGUUGAGCUCUCAUGAAGAGAAGACCAUUAUUCGACUCCAUGCUCUUCUUGGCAACAGGUGGUCCGCAAUAGCAGCCCACCUACCCAAAAGAACGGACAACGAGAUAAAGAACUACUGGAACACCCGCCUCAAGAAACGCCUGUCCCGAAUGGGUAUCGACCCAGCAACCCACAAGCCCAAGGCAAGUAGCUCGGCCCAAUCCCAACACGCGGCCACACUCAGCCACAUGGCCCAAUGGGAAGCCGCCAGGCUCGAGGCCGAAGCCCGUGCCUCCCAACCGGCCCAACUCCUCCGCCGCUUCCCAAUCCCCCGGCCGCCACCUCACCACGUGGCGGUGGCCCCACCGUGCCUCGACGUUCUCAAGGUGUGGCGGGCCACCUCCGGGAGCCUCGACUCCCCAACUUCAAUUUUCAACUUCUCCAGUAAUACCCACGCAGUUCCUGCAGUUGGUUCUGUGUCCACAAACAUUCCCAACGGCGAAUUUUUUGUUGAGGGCAAAACGGACAAUUUGGACGGUGUGAGUUUCGAUUGUGAUGGUGCAUUUGGCGCGGUGGACCUUGCCGCACUAGAUCGUGACCCCGGCGUGGGGGAGUUUGAGGAUGUGAGGAACUAUUGGAACGACAUACUGAAUUUAGUGAACUCGCCGGUGGAGUUGUCGGGGUUUUUGGACUUUUAG